AUGGGCCACUGGCUGCACCUGGUCUCCCCUCUCCCCCUGGACACACGUCCCGCUGGCUGCACCAUCAAACCUGAUUGUAGGAGCGGCCGCACGCUGGGACGGGGCCUGUGUCAGAGUCAGCUCCCGGGGCAGAGGUGGUGCUGGGUCAGGGCAGUUCAUGAGGCUGGACCGGGCCUCUGCAGCUCCCACAAUGCACCUCUCUGUUCUGCGAGCUCCUAUCUCUGCCUGGCGUACAGUGCAGACAGUCAGGGGCCUGGAUGGGACGCUCUGGAUGGGACGCCCUGGAUGGGACGCUCUGGAUGGGACGCCCUGGAUGGGACGCUCUGGAUGGGACGCCCUAGAUGGGACGCCCUGGAUGGGACGCUCUGGAUAGGACGCCCUGGAUGGGACGCCCUGGAUGAGACUCCCUGGAUGAGACGCCCUGGAUGGGACGCUCUGGAUGGGACGCCCUGGAUGGGACGCUCUGGAUGA